AUGUACGGACGAAUUCCACUUGUACCAGUCGACAAAAUACUGGGAACGGAAGCGCCGACUUUCCACAAGAACGGCGAGCUGGAGGAGUUCCGGGCCACGUUGAUCAAGGCAAUAAGAGAAGCGCGGGAACAAGCAACAGAGCACGCGAAGAAGGCAAGGGAAGACAUGAAGACACAAUACGACAAGCACGAAAGAGUCAACCCGAUCCGAGAAGGCGACUUGGUUUUCCUGAAGAAGUUCGCGAUCAACAUUGGCGAAGCACGCAAACUGACACUCUCAUGGACGGGAUAUUUCCGCGUCGAAAAGAUCCCAGAUCCGGAUCACGUCAUCAUAUCCAACUGCGCGGUACACCGCCAGAAACCGAGGCGAGUGCACAUAACACAAGUCAAGCUGGCGAUACCACCGGCACAACCAAUCGUCACAACAACGCAGUUGACGGAGGAAGAAAACAGAGCCUUAGAGAACGCAAAUACCACGGAAGACGAUGUUAUCGGAAUCAUGUCUCACGACAUGACCUCGCCCAGCAAAGAGCCGGAACCCACCGAACCUUCAUCGAAUGACAGAGAACCUCGAUACAACCUACGCCCCCACAAACCCCCAAAAUUUUCCCUCAUCUUUGACAGACACGCACCACAGGGUGCGCUCUCUGCCGAUAGGGUCAAGCAAGAGGAAGAGCUGAUGAGCACGGAAGGGACUGCACAACAUUUCCAAGAAACACCGAUUUCAAAAAAGACCACUAUAGCCGACGUGGUAUCACACACUGAACGCACGAUGAAGCCGACAACAUACCGGACGUACGAUCAAGCAGUACAGGCACCCCGAUCCGGCAACCCACACGUGUACGGAUAA